AACCAACUGGGUUCUCUGGUCUCUCCAGGUCUGGAGCUCAAGCAGGCGGCCUAUAAGGAGAAGGACAUGGCCUGUGCUCCUAAGUUCACCCAGCCGCUGGUGGACCGGUCGGUUGUCGCUGGCUACAGCACCGCCCUCAGCUGCUCUGUGAGAGGCUUUCCCAAGCCUAAGAUCGUCUGGAUGAAGAACAGAAUGAUCCUUGGAGAGGAUCCCAAGUUUCUGAUGCAGAACAACCAGGGAGUUCUGACGCUCAACAUCCGCAAGCCGAGCACGUUCGACGCAGGCAAAUACGUCUGCAUGGCGGUCAACGACCUGGGCCAGGAUGAGGUGGAGUGCAAGCUGGACGUCCGAGUUGCCAUAGAGCCGGAGAACAAAUGAGGAGCCAAACAGCAGAGAACGUGAAAUCAUGCGAACCAAGCUGCAAAUGAAGAGUGAAUGUCUCUAUGAAGGAUACCAGUUAUUACCAGUGAUUGAAAUAAAGUUUAUUGAUCUGCUCCACA